UUGUGUCAUAGAUAAAUGUAAUAUAGAUUCGACCAAACGAAUAGUUGAUAAUAAAAUGUUAAGACUACUGUUUUUUCUAUUAGUGCAGUUUAUAUUCAAAGUGUAUUGCGAUGACGACCUAAUAGUUACUCUACCAAAUGGACAGAUUCGUGGGAUCACUGUAACGCCACCUGUUACUAUAGACCUUACGUAUUAUGCAUUUUUGGGGAUACCGUUUGCAGCACCACCAGUUGGAGAAUUGAGAUUUAAGCCUCCUCAACCUGUUAAUAACUGGGAUGGCAUUUUAGAGGCAAAUAAUAGCAAAGUCUCGUGUUACCAAACAGACAAACCUGACGAUUACCAAUCCGAAGAUUGUCUGCAUUUGAAUGUUUAUACCCCUAAUAAUCCUUCUAGCGGUAAAAAGACUCCUGUAUUAGUGUUCAUAUAUGGAGGUACUUUUGUCCAUGGACACGCCAGUUAUAGCCCUAACUCUGUAGCUUUCUUGAUGAGGGAAAAUGUCACAGUUGUUACAUUCAACUAUAGAGUUGGACCUUUUGGAUUUCUAUCAACAGAAGACACUGUAGUUCCUGGCAAUAUGGGUCUUAAAGAUCAACAAUUUGUUCUGAAGUGGGUGCAGACUAAUAUCCAUCUUUUCGGAGGUAACAAAGAUAAAGUAACGCUAAUGGGCCAAAGUGCUGGAGCAGCGUCAGUUACAUACCAAUUGCUAAGUCCUGGAUCGGCUGGCUUAUUUGUUGGUGCUAUAGCAAACAGCGGUACAGUUUUUUGUAAUUGGGCUUACCAGAGCAACGCUUUAGAAACCGCGUAUGGUAUAGCAAACGAAAUUGAUUCUACGUUUGGACGAAACAAGACCACCCAGGAAUUAUUGGAGUUUUUACAAGGCGUUGAUGCUUCCGUCAUCCACGCCACUUCAGAUAAAUAUAAGGUAUUUGCUCCAGUUAUUGAAGUUCCUCAUGAUGGAGCUAUUAUAUCAGAUAAUAUGUAUGAUUCGCUGGUAAAUGGAACUUUUAAUAAAGUUCCUUUAUUAAUGGGUUUUAAUUCCGAAGAAUCGAUUGGAAUGGCAAAAGAUAUAGAUGCGUGGAAAAAUCAUUGCAAGGGUUACGACCGCAAUCCCAGCACCCUCGUUGACCCUGACAUGCAUAUUGAGGACGACGAAACUAAGCUGACAGUGGGAAACGCAAUAAAAAGUCUUUACGUUGCUAAUAGUACAUUUGAGGAGGAAUACGGAAAAGGAAUUCAAUAUUUUAGCGAUAAUACAUUCAUUAGAGCAAUAUUAAAGUUCGCAGAACUUUAUUCCAAGCACAUCAAGGAUCUAUACUUUUACCAAUUUUCUUAUCACGGGAAACUAGGUCAAAACAAUAUAACUAUUCCAGGAAUCGGCAAAGUAGCUCAUGCUGAAGACCAACGAUACUUCUGGUGUGAACACGAUAGCUAUUCAGAGUUCCCAAAAUCUGACCUAAAAACUGUGCAGAAAUACGUUAAGCUUUUAGUGAAUUUUAUGAAAUACCAGAAACCCACACCGUGGAUUGACUACAUAUUCGACUAUGUUAUGUGGCCAGAGGUUACAAGUCACUAUUUUACCUAUUUGGACAUUGACACGACAUUGAGUAUGCGAUAUAACCCAAGAAACUUUUCUUACAAUGCUUGGGUUGACCUUUACGACAAAUAUGCUAAGAAACCGUUCAUAUCGUAUUAAAAAUGUGUGUUUUAAUAAUAUUAAAAUAAAAGUUGCUGAUAAUUGAUAAGAUAACUA